AUGGCGGCAACUUCGACAGAUUCAGGGCACGCGUCCACCAAAAUAACUCCUGAAAUGCUCCAGGAGAUGCUCCAGUAUUACAACCUGAGCCGUCAGGAGUUUAUCAACACGUACAACAUCCAGCCGCUCGUUUACAUCCCCGAGUUACCGUACAGCGCCAAGACCACCUUCGUGAUCAUGUACAUGGUCAUUUUCGUCCUGGCUCUGACUGGAAAUAGUUUGGUCAUCUACAUAGUUGUGAAGAAACGGACGAUACAGACGGCGACAGAUAUUUUCAUUUGCUCUCUGGCGGUCAGCGACCUGCUCAUCACCGUCUUCUGCAUGCCUUUCACUCUGCUGCAGAACAUCUUGUCUGAAUGGUUCGGUGGGGUUUUGGUUUGCAAGACAGUUCCCUUUGUACAGACUACAGCCAUAGUGACAGGCAUCCUCACAAUGACCUGUAUUGCCAUUGAGAGAUACCAGGGCAUUGUCUUUCCACUGAAAAUGAGGAGGCACUACUCGUCCAAAAGAGCGUACAAGAUGCUAGCGCUGGUUUGGGUUGCCUCAGUGAUAGUGGGCUCACCAAUGCUGUUUGUGCAACAGCUAGAGGUGAAAUACGACUUCUUGUAUGAUCACUACCACGUGUGCUGUCAAGAGAGUUGGCGCUCUCUGACUCACAGGCAGGCGUACACCACCUUCAUCAUGGUGGCACUUUUCCUGCUUCCUCUGACAGCCAUGCUUUUCCUCUACACUCGUAUCGCCAUUGAGCUGUGGGUCCGCAAGAGGGUUGGCGACUCCUCGGUCCUCAACACAAUGAACCACAGGGAGAUCAGUAAGAUCUCAAGGAAAAAGAAAAGAGCAGUUAAAAUGAUGAUCACCAUCGUUCUGCUAUUCACGAUCUGCUGGGCACCGUUCCACACAGUGCACAUGCUGUUUGAGUACAAUGACCUGGAGAACAAAUAUGACGGAGUCACACUGAACAUGAUCAUCGCUAUUGUUCAGGCCAUCGGAUUCUUCAACAGCUUCAACAAUCCCAUCGUUUACGCCUUCAUGAAUGAAAACUUCAAGAAGAGCUGCGUCUCCACCCUCUCCCACUGCAUCCGAAAGCACAACCAGCACCGCAGCAUCACAGUGGCUCCCCAAAUGAGCAUGCAGUUCAUUAAACCCCAAAGCAGAGAAGCCUUUAUAGAGCUCGGCGAAGGCACUAGCGUGAAACAGAACUCAGAAGAGAAAGGAGCAUCAUGCUCAUCGCAUAGAGAGAGCUUUCUGGAAAUAAUCGGAGAAAAAAUCUCCACCAUCCAAACAGAGCUCCCUGCAAACAGCUCUUCUCAAGUCAAAUGA